GUUCUAUAUAAAAACGACUCCUGGUGCCUUCCUCCCAUUACUUCUCGUUUUCUCCAUCUGCUGUUAGUCCGUCUGGUGUCGUAGUUCGCCCUCAACAUGCCGGAGCCAGCGAAGUCCGCUCCUGCGCCCAAGAAGGGCUCGAAGAAGGCAGUGACUAAGGCCCAGAAGAAAGACGGCAAGAAGCGCAAGCGCAGCCGCAAGGAGAGCUACUCCGUGUACGUGUACAAGGUGCUGAAGCAGGUCCACCCCGACACCGGCAUCUCCUCUAAGGCCAUGGGAAUCAUGAACUCCUUCGUCAACGACAUCUUCGAGCGCAUUGCGGGUGAGGCUUCCCGUCUGGCGCAUUACAACAAGCGCUCGACCAUCACCUCCAGGGAGAUCCAGACGGCCGUGCGCCUGCUGCUGCCCGGGGAGUUGGCCAAGCACGCGGUGUCGGAGGGCACCAAGGCCGUCACCAAGUACACCAGCGCUAAGUAAACCUGCCAACCCACAAGACACCGGGAAGAUGCCAGACCACCAGGCAGCAUAGUCUGCAAGUGUAAGGGGAGGAGCACAGCUUUUCUCAUGAGUGAAGAAACGGAACAUGAGAUCAUCGCGGAGAUUUUUGAAUAUUUUGCUAGUUUUUAAGGCAUGUUCAGCGUCAAUUGGUUCAAUCAGUAAUUUUUCCUUUUGACAAAGCUUAUAGAAAAGGAAAAGGAAAACCAACUGGAUCCAGAGGGGGGACAACAGACUGAGGCUAGAGACAGUCCGCCCCGAAGCAAGAAGUUGGAGUAGAGGAGAAAGGAACUUCCCCAGCAGCACAGGGUCUGAGCAGAGUUAGGUGGGUUUUAUUGUGUAACUGGAGACUAGAAUGGCUAUGCCGGUGAUAAGCAGUGUGGAACUUUUUUGGAAGAACCAAGUGAAAGAAAGGGUCCACGAAUUUUAAGCUAGGUUGUUACCUGGCUAAAUUUGUGAUUUAGAAAUGCAGGCCAGUUUCACAGGGAAAUUUUCAAUGUAUAUGUGUCUGUAUAUAUAUUUAACAUAUUUGGCCAUGCAUUGUUCUAGUCUUUGGGGAUAUUGCCCGCCCUUGGGCAUUUGGAGAUUAGCAAGGUC